GAAAUUCUCCUGAAGAUGGCGCAAAGAAAGGGAAAGUCGAGGGAGAAAGAUGCGAGUUCGAAACGAUCUGAGCGCAAAGGAGCUGAUCCCGACAGUCAGCUAUCCCCAAUGCCAGUGGCAUCAUCAGAUGGCUUCGUUCGAGGGGCGAUCGUCCGUAUGAAGCUGAUCAACUUCAUGUCAUACAAUGAAUGUGAGUUCUUCCCUGGCUGCCGGCUGAAUGUGAUAAUUGCACCUAACCAUACCGGCAAGUCUGCCAUGACAUGUGCGAUGUGCCUGGGUCUGGGGGGCAGCACCAAAAUAGUUGACAGGGGAAAGGAGGUUAGUGAGUAUGUGAAGCAUGGCAAGGAAACAGGAUAUAUUGAACUGGAGCUACAUGGCGGUGAAGACGAGGAUAAUGUGGUGAUUAAGAGACAGAUUCACCGAGAUAACAGGUCUGACUGGAGUCUGAACGGUCAGCACGCCACCCAGAAGAAAGUCCUGGAGACUGUGGCCAGCUUCAACAUCCAGAUCAACAACCUGUGUCAGUUCCUGCCCCAGCACAGAGUAGAAGAUUUUGCCAAGAUGGACAGGUAUCAACUGCUAGAAAACACAGAGAAAGCUGUGGGAUCACCUCAGAUGUAUGAAGAUCACUGCCAACUGAAGGACUUCCGCCGAGAUGAACGUCAGCUCUCAAACAAGCUGGAAGAGCACAGAACACACCUGGAGCGUCUGAAAGAAAGAAAUGCUCGCUUAGAGCUGGAUGUGAAACGGUACCGUGAACGGGAGAGGCAUCUAGCAAAAAUCCAAAUCCUGGAAAAGAAAAAACCUUGGGCUCAAAUGGUUGAAAAUCAAAAGAAGUUCAACUCAGCCAAAAGCAAGAAAACAGAGUGCACACAGAGGCUGAGAGAGGAACAGACGAAAAACGCCCCCCGCCAGAAGCAGACAGAUCGUGCCAGGGAAUGUGCUGCGAAGAUUGACCAAGACAUCAAGGCAAAGCAAAAUCAGAUCUGCCAGCAGACAAAACAGUGCAAGGAGCGAUCAAAAAAUCUUGCCCAGCUACGGGAGGAUAUCACGGAUGUACAGGAGUUAAUCAAAGAGAAGAAACAGCAAGAGAGUGACCGUAUCAAAAUGCUGAACGAACUUAAGCGCCACCUGGGUGCCCUGCAGAAUGAACUGCAGGAAGUCAUUGAAACGGCCCAGGAUGUCACGCCAAGAAUAAAUGAGAUUGGUACCGAGCUGAGGACCAUCAACUCAGAGAUGAGGAAACUGCACACAGAGAAAGAAAGAAUCAAGGAAGGGUGCCGGGGACUAGACAGGGACAUUAAGAGGUGUAAGGAUGAGAUCAGGCACCUGGAGGAUGUGCGGAACCAGAGGCUGAACCUCCUGCGACAGAAGCACCGGCACACGUACGACGCCGUGCAGUGGCUGAGGGCCAACAGGGACAAGUUCAAGAAGACCAUCUAUGAACCUGUCAUGCUCAUUAUGAAUGUACCAAAUCGUAACUAUGCCCGAUACUUGGAGCAUCACAUCUCUUACAACGACAUGAGGGCCUUUGUGUGCGAGGACCAGGAAGACAUGAACAAGUUCCUCAAUGAGGUUAGAGAUAACCAGAAGCUGAAGGUGAAUGCUGUGAAGGCUCCCACCAAACCAGUGUCUGAAUUUGUGUCAAAACCCAUACAGCAGCUAAGGGACAGGUAUGAUUUCCAACAUUACCUGAAGGAUUUGUUUGAAGCCCCAGAACCAGUCAUGGCAUACCUGUGUCAGAUGUACAACCUACAGGAUGUCCCUAUUGGUACUGAGACCACCAAGAAGAACAUAGAGAAGGUGCUGAGAGAAUCAGGUGUUCGUUGUAUCUACACACCUGGAACACAGUACCGAGUGAGUAAGUCCCGCUACACUGGAGAGAUCAGCUCUACCAACAGUUCUGUUCGGGCAGCUAAUCUGCUGAACUUGUCAGUUGAUGCGGAGCAGAGGGCACAAGUGGAGAGGGAGCUUACGGAAGCCCUUACCAACCGAGAUGCAGGACAGGAACAGUAUAAGGAGCUGGACAAGAAGGAGGGUGAGCUGAGACUCAGAGAUAACAGACUCAAGCAGGAGAAGAAAGAGCUGAAUGCGAAGAGUAAGACUAAGAGUAGUCUUGAGCAGAAGAUCAAGACUAAGGAGUCCAGGAUCAGACAGUAUGAGAAUGAUGCUGUUGACCUUGAAGCAGCAGAGAAGGAAGCUAAGGAAAAGAUUGUUGCCAUCAAUGACAAAAGACUCAAGCUGGUGAAAGAAUUCAAGGAGUACAUCAAGAAAGUGUUGGACCAUCACAAGGAGAAGGUGGAGCUCAGUAUGCAGCACCUCCUAGCAAUGGCAGAGGUGUCACGCCUAGAGAUGGAGCAGAGGGAAUGGUUUGAUGCAGAGCGUAGACUCAAGCAAGAGGCACACGUGGCGGAGCAGGAGGCCAGGGCAGCCAAAGACCGGUACAAACGCUCCAUAGACGUGGUGAAGGAAACCAUCGGUCUGGAGCAGCGAGAAGACACAGGGGAACUGUCACCCCCUCAGCACUGGAUAGAUGCUUUCAACCAGUAUCCUACUGAUGACCUGGAUGAAAUUGAAGCCAUGAUCAACGACACCAGAGCCAGAGCUGACCUCUGCUUCCAGACAGACCCAGGGGUCAUAGAAGAGUUUGAAAAGAGGCAAAGGGACAUAGCCAAACUCAGCAGAGAGGUUGACCAGCAAGGGAAUCAUCUGGAGAGUCAGCGGCAGGAGAUCCGUGUGGUACGGGAGCGCUGGCUGACGCCGCUGCGUGAACUGGUGGACAGGAUCAACUACAACUUCUCUCGCUUCAUGAGCAUGUUGGAAUGUGUCGGGGAGGUUGACCUUCAUGCAGAGAAUGAGGAUGACUAUGACAAGUAUGGAGUCAGGAUACGUGUGAAAUUCCGUAACGCGUCACAGCUUCACGAGUUAAACCCAUACCACCAGAGUGGUGGCGAGCGCAGCGUGUCCACCAUCUUGUACCUCAUGGCGCUACAGGGGCUGACCAGGUGUCCCUUCAGGGUCGUGGAUGAAAUCAAUCAGGGUAUGGACUCCACCAACGAGCGGCGGGUGUUUGAUCUGGUCGUGGGGUCAGCUUGCAGGGAGAACACUUCCCAAUACUUCCUCAUCAGCCAAAAGCUUCUGCCAGACCUGAACUUUGAGGACAACAUGACAGUACACUUUAUUUUCAACGGACACUGGAUGCUGCACAGAGACAUGUGGGACAUCAAAAAGUUCCUCAAGAUCCGCAAGAAGUUCAAGUACACACAGGAAGAUGAGUAGUGAGUGGAAGCAGGAUAUCAUCAGAAAAGCAUUAAGAGUGCAGUGAUGACUUCAAAUGGAGGUUGUGAUUAAGUUGAAGGGGUCACUAGGAUGUGGCAGUUAUACCGGUAGUCAGAUUUUGUAACAGGCAGGCCUUUUCCCUUGCAGCAGUGCAAUAUGGGUUGCUAAAGAUUUAUAUUGUAUUUUGAUGAUUCCGCACACAAAGGGUCACAAAUGAUAUCUGGAACAAUGCUUAGCACAUCUAUAUGGCAUCCAAAAUAGCUUUUCAGUGAUAAAAGGAUGUUUCCUUUUGAUAGAUGGUGCAAAAUAUAACUUUGGUACUGUUGAUGGGGUCACUGUUAGGUCACUGUUGGGGCAUCUUGCCACUUGCGUUAUUUUUUAACUUAAAAAGAAAACGUCGUGCUUGCAACCGUCACCUCUAGGUUCGCUUGCAUCACCUCUAGGUUCGCUUGCAUCACCUCUAGGUUCACUUGCGUGACCUCUAGGUACUGUGGGGGUACAUCUGAGUUACCAAACCCUGCAGCGGCAGUGAGAUACAUCCUUUAGUCAGCUGCAACAUGACUUGAAGUUACAUUAUAUAUAACAGUCAUUGCUGUGUGCCUACACCAUGAGUGAAGUUUUACCUCUUGGUAUUUUCAAGCUACAUGUAUUGAUACAAAUGUACAUGUACCAUACAUAAGUCCCAAAGGUCUUUCAUGUCAGUAGCUUUAAGAAAAUAUUAUUUAGCGUAAAGAAAAGAGCAGAGCACACCCAUUUCCCCACAGAGAGUAUAAGUAUUUUGAUCAGUACACCUUUAAAAGUAGUCAGUUCAGCAAGGUUAUCUGUGCAAUAUGUUUGCAUUGUGGAAAAUUCAGCUUUGGCUCUUUUAGGUAGAAAAAAAAACUCACUGGAACAUGGUUAUGUCCAUUUGGUAUAGAUCUUCUAGUACAUGUGCUACAGAACUGUUGCACACUAUGCAAGAACUUGCAUAACAGCAUUACAUGUACUUCAAUCUGGUAUAGGUUUGUAUUUCAUAGUUGUAUUUCUGCAACAUAUAACUUUUCAGUAGUAAAACAUUAUUAUUUUACAGUCAGGAACAAUAUUUGUGACAAACAUUCCAUGCUUUGUGAUGGGUUUAGCAUGUUACCUUAUGACUGUAAAUUGCUCUGUUUCAGUUUUUUUAAAGAGAUUUUUCCAGUGUCAGUGUUUGCAUGUCUUUAAAAUGGACACAAUAUUUUUACGGGUAUAGGUGAGGAAUAAGAAAGUGAACUAGAUAAUGGAAAAGUAUCUAGCACUGAUCAUUCUUGCACCAUCUUUUAAACUGGUCAUCAUCAUUCUGAAACUGGAUUUUUUUCUCUAUUUUAAGAUUUUGUUCCUCUAACAUUUGUUUUCUUUGUUACACCUUGUUCUGUUCUAACUAAAAACAAUGUUAUUUUACUUUGGCAACAGAAUAGCAUGCUCUGCAUAUAACAAUGUUAACAAAGCUAGAUGUAUGUAGAGAGGAAUAACAAGUUCAAUAAAAGUUAUGCAUCAGUUGUCUUCAA